GCGGCUCCGGCAUGGUGGCCGGGUGGGGGCUGCGGCGCGCGAGGGCCCGGGCGAGGAGGAGGAGGACGGCGGCCGGUCGCUCCAGCUCGACGCCUCCCCGGCUGGAAGCGCCGCCUCCCUGCCGCUGAGCCCCUUCCUCUCGCGAGGGAGGGAGCAGCGUCCCCCAGCAGGGCCCGGGGCCCCUUUGCGGCCGCUCGCCAUGUCCAUCAUGGACCACAGCCCAACCACGGGGGUGGUGACCGUCAUCGUCAUCCUCAUCGCCAUCGCGGCCCUGGGCGCCCUGAUUCUGGGCUGCUGGUGCUACCUGCGCCUCCAGCGGAUCAGCCAGUCGGAGGACGAGGAGAGCAUCGUGGGUGAAGGCGAAACCAAGGAGCCCUUCCUCCUGGUCCAGUACUCUGCGCGGGGGCCUUGCACGGAGAGGAAGCCCAAGCUCAGCCCUGGUGGCCCCAAGGCACACGGCUAGCAGGAUUUGCACCGGCUGCAAAUCCAUGGAUACUGUGAAGGACACGCAGGGCUGCACCUACCACCGUACCCAACGUUUGGCCACUGGCAGCCAUGCCUGCCAGGGAAGACGACCCUCCUUGCUCGGGGGCAUAUUCUCCGUCACAAGGUCUGUUGCCAGCCAUGGACAGGUGGAGGCCCAGCGUGAACCCCACUCACUCAACCUGCUACUUGAAUCGCCCACUGAGCCCUGAGGAGAUAAUGUGAGCCUCUCCAGGAACUGGGAAAGAGCAACCUGCUGGCUGUGUGCCAUGCUUGGAUUUAGGAGACGCUGCAUGACUCCUGCAGGGGUUUCUCCAAAACCAGCCGGGGGUGGGGGGAGGGGGGUGAUGUUGGCCUUGCACCUCGUGUUCCAGGACAGAUCGGUGCUUGCACUGGCAGCUGCAGCUGCAAAAUGCUGCAGUUCUGGACGGCUGCUUCGUUGGUGUGCUUUAAUGUGCAGAUGGGACCACCACCUCUGAGGGCCCUGGCAAUGCUGCCCAGGAAGGAUGGCAGUCUGCUCUCCCUGAAGGAAGGGGGGGGUCUAGGGGGAGUAGGCAUUUCCGACUGCUGAAAGCAACAGCAGCCCCUCCCCCCCCCAACAGCCAGUGAUGACGGCUUUCCCUUUGGGGUGCAGUCUGAAGGCGGCUGGGAGUGCAGCGAAAGGGCGGAAAGGCCUUUGAGUAACUGGCCACUUCCUCCUUGCCUGCGGAUGCACUGCGUUCCGCUCUCAGAGUGGGCUGGGGGCUUUGCUCUUGUUCCCAGCGAGUGUAUUUUUGUAGCUAAACCCACCCUCUUCAAGGGGCUUCUGGGAAUUCCCGGCCGAGCACCAGACAGCAUCCUUCUUGCCUCCCAACAUCUGCGACCCUCCCUUUUGCUCAUUUCCACGUGGGCUUUUAUGGCCACAGGGAGACCCUGACGCUUGGCAAGGCCCCCCCUCCUUUCUCUCUCUCUGGCUUAAGCAG